UGUUGCAGUCUUCUUCCUAAAGUGAAGGGAAGGUUUGCUGGACUCGCAGGUUCAGCUCCGGCUUCUAGAACUCAUAGAACUCAAUUCCAAACCAAGGACUGGAAAGAAUAAUGAGAUAUUUGCAAUGACUGCCUCCAUAUUCCUAAUAUUCCUUUACCUGAUCCUGCCGUCCUAUCAGCUGGACUCUGACACAUUUUUAAUCUACAAUGAAGACCACAAGAAAUGUAUAGACACUAGGAAUUCCAUUAUUGUGACCGCUCGAUGCAAUGAAAAGUCGAAUACACAGAAGUUUCGGUGGAUUUCUAAAAACCAGCUCAUAAAUGUGGGGACAUCCCAAUGCUUGGCUGUAUCAUCCAUAGCGGAUUUGUCAGCGGUGACGCUAUACACAUGUGACGGCAGCAGUGACCUCCAGAAAUGGGAAUGCAAAAAUGAGACUUUGUUUGGAAUUGUGGGAUCUCCCCUUCACUUGAACUAUGGCAACAGAAAAGAAGACGUCCUGCUCUAUAAAGGUGCGGGGGUGUGGAGCAAGUGGAAAAUCUACUUAAGUCCAGAUGAUUUAUGUGCUAAGGCAUACGAAGAGAUAUACACUUUGCAAGGAAAUGCCAAUGGGCAGCCCUGUGUGUUCCCCUUCAAGUUUGAAAACAAAUGGUACGCAGACUGCACAACUGCUGGACGAUCAGAUGGAAAACUUUGGUGCUCUGCAACUGUGGAAUAUGAAAAGGAGAAAUUGUAUGGAUUUUGUCCGUCUACAUCCACAGCUGAAAACAUGUGGACUACAGAUUCUGUUACUGGGGUCAACUAUCAAAUUAACGCCAAUUCAGCCCUUACGUGGUACCAAGCCAGGAGGAGCUGCCAGCAACAAAAUGCAGAACUGCUGAGUGUAACCGAGCUACAUGAACAAUCAUUCAUCUCAGGGUUAACAAAUUCCCUUACUGCAGUCCUAUGGAUGGGACUGAAUAGUCUGGACUUCAAUGCCGGAUGGCGAUGGGAAGGUGGAGGUCCUUUUAGAUAUCUCAACUGGGUUCCAGGAAAUCCAUCAACAGAACCUGGAAUAAACUGUGUGUCACUAAACCCUGGAAAGAGUGGUAAAUGGGAAAGCAGGGAGUGCUCCCAAAAACUGGGGUAUAUCUGUAAAAAAGGCAACAGCUCCGCUUCUUAUGUUCCACCUUCAGGGGUUAAUGACGCAAUCACUUGCCCGGCAUCCUGGAUACCCUAUAAUGGAUACUGCUAUACUUUGCUGAAGGAAACUAUGAUGUGGAAGGAUGCCGUGUUAGCUUGCAGGAAAGAAGAGGGGGAUCUCGCAAGUUUGCACAAUAUUGAAGAAUCAAGCUUUAUUACCUCCCAGUUUGAGUUUGGAGAUACAGAGUUUGUUUGGCUUGGGUUGAAUGACUUGAAGACUCAACUAUUUUUUGAAUGGAGCGAUGGAUCUCCAGUGACGUAUACGACAUGGCAGAGAGGAGAACCAUCUCACCUGACCAACAAGCAAGAGGAUUGUGUGGCGUUAUCCACUAAGGAUGGACACUGGGCAGACAAGAUGUGUGAGAAGAAGUUCCCAUAUCUGUGCAAGAGAAAACCCCUGCCGGUGGAUCAUGAACAAGCUCCUCCUGUGGAGCAGGGUUGUGAUAAGGGAUGGAAAAGACAUGGAUUCUACUGCUACUUGAUCAGUACAUCAGCGGGUUCAUUUCCAGAAGCGAAUAACACGUGCAAUAGUUUGGGAGCGUACUUGAUGACUGUGGAAGACAGAUUUGAACAGGCCUAUUUGACAAGUCUGAUAGGUUUUAGACCUGAGAAGUAUUUCUGGACUGGACUCUCCGAUUUAGAGGAAAGGAACACCUUUAAAUGGACCAACAGGGAAAGAGUACUGUACACCCACUGGAACGCUGACAUGCCGGGCAGGAAACAGGGCUGUGUCGCUAUGAGAACUGGAAGGAAAGCGGGAUUAUGGGAUGUUAUGAACUGUGAAGAAAGUGCUAAGUAUGUGUGCAAGAAGUGGGCCCAAGGAGUGACACCACCGCCCUUACCUACCACUACACCAGAACCAACAUGUCCACCCAACUGGAAGUCAUCCAGCCGCUCAUGUUACAAACAUUACAUAAUGGAGACUGCCGAUAAAAAGUCAUGGUUUAAUGCCAAGACAUUCUGCAGAGCAAUCGGAGGCGACUUACUCAGCAUCUCAGACAAGGAAGAAGAGCAGACGGUGUGGUCCAUGCUGCUACACGAUGGCAUCUACCGUAAUGUCUUCUGGGUUGGUCUAAUAAACAGUAAUACUGAGGAAGGCUUCGCAUGGUCAGAUGACUCCCCUUUCAUCUAUGAAAACUGGGCGUAUGGUGAACCCAACAACUACCAGGGGCUGGAGCUCUGCGGGGAGGUGAAUACUGAUCAUCGACUGACCUGGAAUGAUAGACACUGUGAUAUUCCACAGGACUGGAUCUGCGAACUAAAAAAAGGUGCAACAUUAAAGCCAGAACCCACAAAGUCACCAGUUCCCGAUUUUGAGCUUACAAGUGACGGCUGGGUAAUCCGUGAUGACAGACAAUACUAUGUUAGCAAGGAAGAAGUGCCCAUGGAUAAGGCCCGCGAAUUCUGCAAACGUAAUUUCGGCGAUCUCGUCUCCAUUAACAGUGAAUCCGAAAGGAGAUUCUUGUGGAGAUACAUUUUGAAGACUGGAAAGGCCGAUGGUUACUUUAUUGGCUUACGUCUGGCAGUGGAUAGAGAGUUUAUGUGGAUGGAUGGUUCCCCUAUAGACUUUGUUGCCUGGGCAUCCUAUGAACCCAACUUUGCCAACAAUGAUGAGAACUGCGUUACAAUGUAUAGAAACUUAGGGUAUUGGAAUGAUAUAAAUUGCGGUUAUCCAAAUCCAUUUAUAUGUGAAAGGAAAAACAGUUCUAUAAACGCAACAGCUGCUCCAACUGCUCCAUCACCACAAGGCAACUGUCAGCCAGACUGGCUUUUAUUUGGAAAAAAGUGUUACAGAAUAUUUGGCAACGAAAAUGAGGAAGUGAUUGACUGGCAUGCCGCAAGAACCUCCUGCCUAUCAAAAGGAGGAAAUCUGGUCACCAUAAAUGAUGACUUGACACAAUCUUUCCUUAUAGCUAAUUUAAUAGACGCAAAAGCCGAUGUGUGGAUCGGAAUGAACGACGUGAAUUCAGAACACAAGUUUCUUUGGACUGAUCAAAGUGGUGUGUAUUUUACAAACUGGGCUAAAGGUCAUCCUUCAGGAAGUCACAUCUAUGCCUACGAUGAUGAUACUGACUGUGUCGCUAUGAAGCGUGGAUCUGUAUUGGAUGCUGGGGCAUGGACUGAAGAAGAAUGUGAAUUGAACAAAGGAUACAUCUGCCAGAAAGCUCAAGAUCCAGAAAUUCCAGCUGUUCCCACCGCGCCCUCCCAAUCCAACCAGUAUAAAUAUGGAGAUGCCAGCUACAAGUUUGUGAAAAACAAGAUGAAAUGGGAUGAAGCGCGUCGGGUGUGCAAGAAUUCAGACUCCGAACUAGUCAGCAUCUUAAAUGAAUAUACCACAUCUUUUCUGAAACUUCACUUAGCUAAACAUGAGGAGCCCUUUUGGAUCGGCCUGACCAGUAGCAACAAGUCUAGUGAUAUGUACCACUGGAUCGAUAACUGGAAGCUUCGCUACACAAAAUGGGCUGCGGGGGAACCAAAGAGGAAAAACUCUUGCGUUUAUGUUGACAUCGAUGGACAGUGGAAAACAUCAUCUUGUGAGGAGACCUAUUCAGCAAUCUGCAAACAGACAAAUGUUAUUGCUCCCACCGAACCACCUCAAAAACCUGGAAAAUGUCCGGAAACAGGUGGAAAACCCUGGUUAGCCUUCCGGGGCCAUUGCUACCUUAUUGAAUCAACAUACACCAGAAACUGGGCUUCAGCCUCCAUGGAAUGUCUUCGAAUGGAUGCCAAUUUAAUAUCGGUCGAAGAUUCUAUUGAAUUGGAUUUCCUUUUCCAUCAUCUUGAGUUGCUAAGUGACAACGUGAAGUCUUUUUGGGUUGGUCUAUAUAGGAAUGUAGAAGAAAAAUGGCUUUGGUUAGACAAUACACCAUUGGACUUUGUGAACUGGAAUACAGGAGAACCGUCUGACGGCUCCGAUGAGAACUGCGUGGAAAUGUACGCCACAAAGGGGACAUGGAAUAACAUCUACUGCUCUUCUUAUAGAGGCUAUGUAUGUAAGAGGUUAAAAAUUCCACUGCCUACCGCAAAGGCUAUAGAGAAACCAGAACCACUCAAGCCAGAAAAGUCCUCCCAUGGCAUAACCGGUGGUGUGGUCAUUGUGGUAAUACUAGUCAUUGCUGGCGCCACCAUAGCAGUCUACUAUUUAUAUAGGAGGAAGCAGAACAAGUCACCACCAGAUGCCAGCUUUAACAAUUCGUUAUACUUUGAUGACAACCCUGCACCCUCAACACACGAUACAAAAAUCUUAGUGGAAAACAUUGAGCAAAAUGAAAACGCCAUUUCUUAAUUCUCCAUAAAAUCUGACUUUGAUUGUACAAUGAUUCUCAGGCAGGGACGGACUCUGUUGAGAUGUAAGCCCCAUCAUUCCAACUAUGGCAAGAAAAAUCCAUCCAAAAUAAUAAGGCCGAUUCAUGAAUUCCACCAUACAGGGUUGACUUACUAUUUUUUUUGCAAGAGACAGGCCCCAUUUAUAGGACUGAUAUCCUAGCUAAAGGGUAAACCAAAAUUGACACCCAGCAGCCAUCUUGUUAGUAUUUAGAGUUCAUGGCAUUUUCACGUUCUGAACACUUUGUCAUAUGGAAUGGACAAAAGUCAUUCAUUGAAAUCUUGAUUUAUAAAGGUGUAAUAGAAUAGGACGGUCUGGAUUUAAUCUUUUUUUUUUUUUGUAGUUUAACUACAUUUUGCUUCAGACUUUACAUCUGAACAUAUUGGGCAUCUCUAUAACGCUGUAGAAAAAGAGCAGUUUUGCUGCAGUAAGGAAUAAAAGUAUUAGAGUUAAACAAAUAUGUCACAUACAGUACCUGAGACCAGCAUAGGACAGAAGUAGAUAUACUGAGCUUGUGAGCUCGAGAACAUGCAUUUUUCUAUUAUUUGUGUCAGUAUUAUAAUUAAAAACUGUAUAAAUGCUGCUAAGACACACUCAGCACCUGUGAGUUCUGCUCCCCCCAGCACACACAGAAGCCUGUGAGUCCUGCUCCCCCCACCACACACAGAAGAAGCCUGUAAGUCCUGCUCCCCCCAGCACACACAGAAGCCUGUGAGUCCUGCUCCCCUCACGACACACAGAAGAAGCCUGUGAGUCCUGCUCCCCCCACGACACACAGAAGAAGCCUGUGAGUCCUGCUCCCCCCACCACACACAGAAGAAG